GCAAGCAGCAUUUUCACUACUAAUUAGCCACAUUCAAUAGUUGAGAGUGCUAAUUAAGUUUGAAAAAUGGCUAAGUUUGGUGCAUCCUCAAUUGCCCUAGUUCUUACAUUGAACAUUCUUUUCUUCACUAUGGUUAGUUCCACAAAUGUCCCAUGCCCACCACCCCCACAUUCCAAACCCCACCCCAAGCCCCACCCUACCCCUACACCCUCUACCCCCUCCACCCCCUCUACACCCUCUACACCAUCAUCAAAAGGAAAGUGCCCAAAGGACACACUAAAGCUAAAAGUCUGUGCCAGUUUGUUGAAUGACUUGGUGCACCUUGUUAUUGGAAGUAGCUCAGCCAAGACUGAAUGUUGCUCUCUAAUUGAAGGACUUGCUGAUGUUGAUGCUGCUGUUUGCCUUUGCACUGCUCUUAAAGCCAAUGUGUUGGGAAUUCAUCUCAACGUUCCACUUUCCCUCAGCUUGUUGCUCAACAACUGUGGCAAAUAUGCACCCAAGAACUUCCAAUGUGCUUAAGCCAUUCGUUUUUCAUUAUUUAGAAAUUUUCCAUUUCAUUUUCCCUUCAGUAUUUUUGUUAUUUUAAUUUGUGUGCUUAUUGUCAGGGAAUUUAUUUUAUAUUCUAAUUGGUUGGAAAGUAACUAGGCAUUGUUGCCUUGUUUUAAUGUCUAUCCUUUUGUAUCUAUUUGGUAUUUGUAAUAAAUUUGACAUCAAGAAGUAAAAAUUAUGCUCUUGGAGAAA